AGGGCGCGGAGCCGCGGGAUGGGGAGGGAAAAGGAGAAUCUGUGAGGCGUCGAGAGGCAGCGCGGCGGCUGCUGUGAGGAGUCGGGUGCGGAGACGCCGGUGGCCGGACCGCUCAGGGCCGGGGCCUCGACUGGGAAGGAGAGGCCGGAGCAAGCGCCUGGAGCCCGAGGCCGGAGCCGAGGAGGAAUGUGACCAGGGGUCGGCGGGGGCGCGGGAGUACGCAAGUGCAGGGAUGGGGCAGCAGGUGGGCCGCGUCGGGGAGGCUCCGGGGCUUCAGCAGUCGCAACCCCGCGGGAUCCGGGGCAGCAGCGCAGCCAGGCCCUCCAGCCGCAGGCGGGACCUGGCGGGGCGCACCGCAGAGGCCGGCUUCAAUAUCUUCACCCAGCAUGAUCACUUUGCCAGCUGUGUGGAGGAUGGAUUUGAGGGAGACAAGACUGGAGGCAGUAGUCCAGAAGCCUUGCACCGCCCCUAUGGUUGUGAUGUUGAACCCCAGGCCCUGAAUGAAGCCAUCAGGUGGAGCUCCAAGGAGAACUUGCUUGGAGCCACUGAGAGUGACCCUAAUCUCUUUGUUGCACUUUAUGAUUUCGUAGCAAGUGGUGAUAACACACUGAGUAUUACUAAAGGUGAAAAGCUACGAGUCCUUGGUUACAACCAGAAUGGUGAGUGGAGUGAAGUUCGCUCUAAGAAUGGCCAAGGCUGGGUGCCAAGCAACUACAUCACCCCAGUGAACAGCCUGGAAAAACACUCCUGGUACCAUGGACCUGUGUCUCGCAGUGCAGCAGAGUACCUACUCAGCAGUCUAAUCAAUGGCAGCUUCCUGGUGCGAGAAAGUGAGAGCAGCCCUGGGCAGCUGUCAAUCUCGCUCAGAUAUGAGGGGCGUGUGUAUCACUACAGGAUCAAUACCACCACAGAUGGCAAGGUGUAUGUAACUGCUGAGAGCCGCUUUAGCACCUUGGCCGAGCUUGUUCACCAUCACUCCACGGUGGCUGAUGGACUGGUAACAACACUACACUACCCAGCACCCAAGUGUAAUAAGCCUACAGUCUACGGUGUGUCCCCUAUCCAUGACAAAUGGGAAAUGGAACGAACAGAUAUUACCAUGAAGCACAAACUUGGGGGUGGUCAGUAUGGAGAGGUUUACGUUGGCGUCUGGAAGAAAUAUAGCCUUACGGUUGCUGUGAAAACAUUGAAGGAAGAUACUAUGGAGGUGGAGGAAUUCCUAAAAGAAGCUGCAGUGAUGAAGGAAAUCAAGCAUCCUAAUCUGGUACAACUAUUAGGUGUAUGUACUUUGGAGCCACCAUUUUACAUUGUGACUGAAUACAUGCCUUAUGGGAACUUGCUUGAUUAUCUCCGAGAAUGCAACCGAGAAGAGGUGACUGCAGUUGUACUGCUUUACAUGGCCACUCAGAUCUCUUCUGCAAUGGAGUAUUUAGAGAAGAAGAAUUUCAUCCAUAGAGAUCUUGCAGCUCGUAACUGCUUGGUGGGAGAAAACCAUGUGGUAAAAGUGGCUGACUUUGGCUUAAGUAGAUUGAUGACUGGAGACACCUAUACUGCUCAUGCUGGAGCCAAAUUUCCUAUUAAAUGGACAGCACCAGAGAGUCUUGCCUACAAUACCUUCUCAAUUAAAUCUGACGUCUGGGCUUUUGGGGUGCUCCUGUGGGAAAUUGCUACAUAUGGAAUGUCACCAUAUCCAGGUAUUGACCUGUCUCAGGUCUAUGAUCUACUGGAAAAAGGGUAUCGAAUGGAACAGCCUGAAGGAUGUCCCCCUAAGGUGUAUGAACUUAUGAGAGCAUGCUGGAAGUGGAGCCCUGCUGACAGGCCCUCUUUUGCUGAAACACAUCAAGCUUUUGAAACCAUGUUCCAUGACUCCAGCAUUUCUGAAGAGGUAGCCGAGGAGCUUGGGAGAGCUGCCUCCUCCUCAUCUGUUGUUCCAUAUCUGCCCCGAUUACCUAUACUUCCUUCUAAGACCCGGACGCUGAAGAAACAGGGGGAGAACAAGGAGAAUAUUGAAGGGCCACAAGAUGCCACAGAAAAUUCUGCUUCCAGUUCAGCACCAGGGUUCAUUAGAAGUGCACAGGCCCCCAGUGGGUCCCCAGCACUGCCUCGAAAGCAAAGAGACAAGUCCCCCAGCAGCCUCUUGGAAGAUGCCAAAGAGACAUGCUUCACCAGAGAUAGGAAGGGAGGCUUCUUCAGUUCCUUCAUGAAAAAGAGAAAUGCUCCCACACCCCCCAAACGCAGCAGCUCCUUCCGAGAAAUGGAGAAUCAGCCCCACAAGAAAUAUGAACUCACGGGUAACUUCUCAUCUAUUGCUUCUCUACAGCAUGCUGAUGGGUUCUCUUUCACUGCUGCCCAGCAAGAGGCGAAUCUGGUGCCACCCAAGUGCUAUGGGGGUAGCUUUGCACAGAGGAACCUCUGUAAUGACGACAGUGGCGGGGGUGGGGGCAGUGGCGCUGCUGGGGGUGGGUGGUCUGGCAUCACAGGCUUCUUCACACCACGCUUAAUCAAAAAGACGCUGGGCUUACGAGCAGGUAAACCCACAGCCAGUGAUGACACUUCCAAGCCUUUUCCAAGGUCAAACUCUACAUCUUCCAUGUCCUCAGGGCUUCCAGAGCAGGAUAGGAUGGCAAUGACCCUUCCCAGGAACUGCCAGAGGUCCAAACUCCAGCUGGAAAGGACAGUGUCCACCUCUUCUCAGCCAGAAGAGAAUGUGGAUAGGGCCAAUGACAUGCUUCCCAAAAAAUCAGAGGAAGGUGCCGCUCCGACCAGGGAGAGACCAAAAGCCAAACUUUUGCCCAGAGGAGCCACCGCUCUUCCUCUCAGAACCCCCUCUGGGGAUCCAGCCAUUACAGAGAAGGACUCUCCAGGACUGGGGGUGGCUGGAGUGGCAGCUGCCCCCAAGAGCAGAGAGAGGAAUGGUGGGGCACGACUUGGCAUGGCUGGAGUCCCAGAGGAUGGCGAGCAGACAGGCUGGGCUGCCCCAGCCAAGGCUGCGGCCGUCCUCCCAACCACUCACAACCACAAAGUGCCAGUCCUUAUCUCACCCACUCUGAAGCACACUCCAGCUGACGUGCAGCUCAUUGGCACAGACUCUCAGGGGAAUAAGUUCAAGCUCUUAUCUGAGCAUCAGGUCACUUCCUCCGGAGACAAGGACCGACCCCGCCGGGUAAAACCAAAGUGUGCCCCACCCCCGCCGCCAGGGGUGAGACUACUGCAGCAUCCGGCCGUGUGCUCAGACUCCACGGAAGAGCCCACGUCAGAGACACAGGAGGGAGGGAAGAAGGCGGCUCCAGGGGCAGUGCCCAUCAGUGGGAAAGCUGGGAGGCCUGUAAUGCCCCCACCUCAAGUGCCUCUGCCCACAUCUUCCAUCUCGCCAGCGAAAAUGGCCAAUGGCACAGCAGGUACUAAAGUGGCUCUGAGAAAAACCAGGCAGGUGGCUGAGAAAAUCUCAGCUGACAAAAUCAGUAAGGAGGCCCUGCUGGAAUGUGCUGACCUACUGUCCAGUGCAAUCACGGAACCUGUGCCCAACAGCCAGCUGGUGGACACUGGACACCAGCUGCUCGACUACUGCUCAGGCUAUGUGGACUGCAUCCCCCAAACUCGCAACAAAUUUGCCUUCCGCGAGGCUGUGAGCAAACUGGAACUCAGCCUGCAGGAGCUGCAGGUGUCUUCGGCAGCUGCUGGUGUGCCCGGGGCAAACCCUGUCCUUAACAACUUACUGUCAUGUGUACAGGAAAUCAGUGAUGUGGUGCAGAGGUAGCCACCGUUAGCCGGGUGGAAAGAUGCACACAUUUCUGAGGGGAAAGGAAAAGGGACUUGUUUUCCUGUGUUCUCGUUUCAAAAAAUGGAAGACUGAUACUUGAGUGUGUUUCUGUGAAGUACCUCAGAUCUCUGAGUUCUCACGUUUACAGGUUCAUCUCAAAAAUAACAAAAAGCAAAACCCAUAGGAGAGGGAAAAUAGAUGGGGGCAGGGCAGUUGUGGACCGGAUUGGAAGCUGCGCUGGAACAUCAGGGAACAUGCAUAUGUCAUGCCAUGAAGAACCAAAUCCAGCCUGUUCUUACCUGGAGUGAUGUGAGCUGGUUAGGGCUGCUCCAGCAGGACCGCAGGGACUGUGCCCAGACAGCGCGUUGGCUGUGGCGCUCAUUCUGCACCACACGGAAGGGAAUUGACUUGGGGCCCCAGUAGGUACUAAUGGUGAUUGUGCUGUAACUCGUCUAACUUACUGGGUGGGACAGAAGAAAGCUGGGAAUGUGCCAAGAGAAGUUUUGUUCAAGGCUGUUGGAAGCUGCUGUUAGCCUCGCUUCCACAGGUCACUGCUGCAGUAAGAACUGCAGAUCAGAUGGCUAGAUGCAAAACUGGGAAAUGUGGCCCUGUCAGUAUGCUCCUGUCCUGUUUGCCAUUGGUGUAUUAAUUGGUACAGGAGAUAAAGAAUGCUAGGAAGUAUAUUUAGGGAGAUUGAAACCUUCUCCUAAAAUCUUAUAUUACUUAGCAGAAGCCACUUCUCCCAGGCUAGUGUAUUGUUUCCUAAUGGGUCAGGAUUGGCUUUUUGCUUGUUGGUGCCUAUCUUGUAAACCAUAGGCAUAGGAGUCUCUUUGGUGAUUCUCUUCUGCCCCUUGCUGGGCAGGCUGUCUUCCUUUAUUCCUGGCAGCAUUCAGGGCAUUAACCAACACUGAACAUUAUUGAAAACAAUGGUCAUGUACAGGUCUCACAGGGGAAUCCUUUUCUGUUACAGUGCCCCUGCAUACUGACAUACUGGCAUAGGACUUGAGCAGCUAUGUGUUUCUUUAUCAACUAAAAUGCCAGGGGAAGGGUGUCUUCUUGAAACCCAGUGGUCAGCCCAGAGGUCUGUGACUGAGAGGAGAAGCUGGCUUGGUCCUAAUGGCAGUUUCCCCUCCCUCCCUUAUCACCUUAGACCCAGUCUAGGUAGAGAAUACGGAGAAGCAUUGUCUCACUCUGUACGAUUUCACAUGAAUCACCCUAAAUUAUUCUCACAUGCUUUUCUACUCUCACAUACUCCCCCUGCCAAUUGUUGUGCUUGUUUGUAAAGAUCAUAUUGGGAAUAUUCUUUGAUAUUUAUUUUAUCAUUUCACCUCUAUUUUAAGAAUGCAUAGUUGAAGGAGCAGGUCAUUUUCGGGGGACACCAAUUAGAUCCCAGAAACCUAAUGAUUCCUUUUCCUACCCUAUUCAGUUAUUGUUAUGGAAGUUAAUUAGGAUCGCUUCUUAAUUUAGAACCAAGUCUAAUUGGUUAGAUAUUAUUAAUACUCUCGAUAUCAGGUCUAAUUCCAGUGACCACUUCAUCCUCUUUUUAAAACUUUAUGCCCCCUCCAUUCCUGCCUCCAAGGAGAACGCAAUAUAAAAAAAAUACAUUUUUUUUCCUCCCAAAGGAAUAUUAACUUAGGAAGAUAGGAAUUCAACAUUGAUGAACAGUGAGUUUUCUUCCUGGCUCUGUCAUCGAUCCAUUGUCAGGCCAUAGCCCUGUCUCUUCAUCUAUUAAAUGUCAUGAUACAUGUUCUCAAGGGUGUUUUGCAAAUAACUGUAUAGUUAUCCCUUUGAGAGCCUCUCUGGAAAGCUCUUCAGUGCAGUAUUGUUAUAUAUGAAUACAAGUUUUUCAUUCUCUUCUUUGCUCAGUAGCAGAUAAUGAAAUUUAAAACUGCUGAGAUUAUACUAAUUGGGCUAGAAUACUAAGGGAGAAAAAGCAUUUUGGAUAGAGUUUGGCAUCUUUGACCAAGGAGGAAAUUUAGUUUUCAUUAGAAAGAAAGGAACUGAUUCUUACCGUGGGUGUUCCAGAGGAGUCCCAGGCCAAGAGAAGGAUAAGAAGGGAGGAGACAAUGCCGGGCAUUCCUUUCAGGGGUGGGGUGACCCCUGUCUGUCUGUUACCUACAGGUGAAGCACAGGCAACUAGUGAUCUGGCUAAUCUCCUUGUAAUGGUUGGAAGAGCUCCCUUUAACUUGGAUUUAAAAACCAGCAGUCCUCCUACCUUCUUCUUUGCCACUCUCCUUCAUCAUAUGUUUCCGUAAACUUGAAAUCGUUUUAGCAAUUAGCCUUUUAAGGGUGGGGCAGGGAAAGCUAAAACUUUGGAAUAUUGUUAUGCUGCUUUUUAAGUUUAUCCCUGUCAUUGUGGAUGCAACUUGAGGGAUUCUAAUUGUUUUUCAGGGGAUUUUUUUUUUUUUUUUUUUAAAGCAAGGGAUCUUUCCUUGAGAGCUCUGAAAAUAAGCCUUGGAGGAACACUACUGAGUGUAUUUAAGCUUCCUGGUUUUCUCAUCGAAGAACAGUCUUUGAGGGUGGGGGCUGGGUCUUUCUCAGGGGCCGCACCUGGCUCUGCCUCGUCCGCAGUAGGUGCUCAGUACGUUUAUGAAUAGAAUGGAUUUUUUUCUCAUCACUGUCAAGAGUAGCAUUGACUGUUGUAGCACACCCAGCCACGUGAUGCUUUAACUGUGUAACUUCAGGAGUUGAGGGCUCAGGGUUCAGGUUAAAGAGGCACUGUCAACUUACUAUAAAAGUGUAACUUAGGUUUUUUCUAUUAUCUACUUGAAAAGGACCAGAUUUUUUAAAUAACCAUAAGUAAAUUUAAAAGUUUGAAUUCAAAACAGAGAAAACUGCUUUUAGAAUCUAAAAAUGUAGUUUAAUUCUAUCUAGUUUGAAAACAAAGCAGAUAGCAAAAGCCCUUCUACAAGGUGUUGAAAACUUUCUAAAGUGGUUAUACGUAUGUAUACCUUUGGGGUUACCACAGCUUCAAUCUUUUCAUGCACAGAUAAUAUGAUUCCAGUUUAGAUUUACAACCUUAAAAUGCAGUGUUGAGAAUACAUCUUGAUUGUGCUUUACGUGAAGUAUUUUCUUAAAAGGCUUUGUGUAAAAUUAAAAGGUAUAUAUUUUCCUACAGCUCUCCAUCAUGAUUUUCAGAGAUAUAGCCUUAAAAAAAAAUUGGCCCUGAGAAAUUUAUUCAGUGUUUCUUCAGAUGACAUUGAGGUUCUUAGAGUGGAGACCCUUUCUCAGCUGAAUUAUGGGGUUUAAGUUAGAAUUUUCUUACAAUUCAGUUGCAAGUUAGCUAGUAAAAUAGUGCCCAGUUAAUGUUGACUUUGCUAAGGCACCACCCAUAUUUAUUUAACAAAAUCAUGGAGAUUUUGAGCUUCAAGGAUACAGUUUAGAUAGUGAUUAAGAGUUCAGACUCUAAAGCCAGUCUAGAAGGCAAGUCACUUAACCUUCCUGGGCCUUAGUUUCCUCAUUGGAAAACAGGGAUAAUAAUAGUAACUGCCUCAGGGUUGUUGUAAGGAUUAAAUGAGAUAAUGUGUGUAGGAUAGUUAGCUUGAGUGCCUGGCAUGUAAUGAGUACUCCAUAAAUGUUAACUACUACUACUAUUAUUAUUAACGCUUAUUCCAGUGAGUCUUAGCCAAGGAUGUGCAACAAAAUUUCCUGGGGUUUAAAAAAAGAAAAACAACAAAAAACCUGAUGUGUCGGCCUCACCCCAGAUCAAGAAUUCCCUGUGGGGUUGGGUCUCAGCCAGUGUGUUUUCCAAGAAUCUCUCCGGGUGUUUCAGACACCCAGCACUGUGUGAACACUAGCAAUACCCCAACUCUUUUUUUUUUUUUUUUUUACAGCUUAAGAAAUUGGAAGAGAGGAUGGUUAAGUUACUGGCCCAUAUUCUCAGAGCAGUUAAUUAGUGGCAGAGCCAAGGCUAGAGUUGGGUCUUAUUCACUUUCUCGUUGUGGGGUCUUUCCACCAUUCCUGUUGCCUUGUGAGACACUGCCAAAAAAAAAAAAAAAGUGGCUCAGGUAGACAAUCAGUCUGCACAGUGCUGCACACUUUCUAAAGCACACGUUCCUGGCACUCCCUGACCUUAAGGGACUUGAAUGUUGAGUAAUGGCAACACUAGCAAAACAGGCAUUCAGUAGAACUCAGUAAUUUAAAAAAUUAUAUGGGGUCAUUCUUUUGGACAGACCUUAGCGACACAGCAAUCUGCACUUUGUAAUAAAGAAAUAACAACUUAAAUUUUAAAAAACCUAGUCCUACAUUCCUUUUUCUUAAAAAACAACAACAACAAAACUUUAUUGUUCCGUAUCAUUUUGAUAACUAUGAGGUAAUGUAUAUGAAAGCACUUUGAGAAAAGUAUCAAGUGUAAUAUAACUAUAAAGUUGUAUUAUUAAUGUCUAUUGAGAAGUUAAAACAGUUAAUUAGAUGUUGAUUGACUUAUAAGCUUUUGCCUGUGGGGGACCUGAAAAUGCAGAUAUAUGAACAAUCAGCUCUGUAAUUUAUCACAUUUAUAAAUAUGAAACUGCUAAAUGAAUAUGUGCAGGUAUAGUAAGUGUUUUGCUAAAAUUGUAGCUCAGUGCUGAAUAACUUGAGAAAACUAGGGACCAACUUUCUGGUUUAAUUAUAAUCUUUAAAAAAUAGUAACAUGUACUCACUCCAGAACAAAGAAGCUCUUCUAGGGACCUUGACUCAAGAAGAGUGAGGCCCUCUCAUCCUUGAACGUUUGUCCACCACAUGCUCAGCCAUUUAGUACCCUAAAUAUGGUGGGAGCAGACGCGUUACCUGUUCAUGUUGACAGUGUCUUUUUUAACCUAUGUCCUGCAUAGUUUUGUUGU